GAAUGACUCCAUGUAGUCUGCAGUUGUUUGUCAUACGAUUUCACAGAAGUCAUAUGUCCAAAUAAAAAAUAUUAUUUUACUUCAAAUCCACAAAGAGUCUUAAUAAAACAAACAUUGAAAAUCAUAAAAAAAGACCUCGAUGCCCUUUCGACAAGCUGUGCAUGACCUGUGAUUUCGAUUAAUUGGCUCCAAAAACUUAUCUCCAAAAAUGGCACGACAAUUGGCAAGGCUCGGCUAUUUGGACACCAAAAAGACACUAUUCAUGCUGUGCGAUUUGCAGGAAAAAUUCCGCCCCGGCAUGAAGAUGUUCGAUCCGGUCGUUAAGAAUGCAAGCAAGUUGGUUCAAGCCGGUAAAAUGCUCGAUGUCCCGUUGAUUGUGACCGAGCACUACCCGGAGAAGCUGGGCCCGAUAGUGAAGGAUCUGGAUAUCGGCCAUGCCAAGGGAGUGUUUGCUAAAACUCUCUUUAGCAUGGUCACGCCGGAUGUACAGAACAAAAUAAACGAGCUCUUCCCGUCUGCUGGACCGGAAACGGUUGUACUGUUCGGCCUGGAGUCGCACAUCUGCCUGGAACAAACGGCCAUGGAUCUGCUGAGCAAUGGUUACACCGUGCACGUGGCUGCUGAUUGCUCGGUGUCACGUAGCCAGGAAGAUCGGCUGCUGGCGCUGGAACGUCUGAAGCAGUACGGUUGCUUCGUAACCACCAGUGAGAAUAUUAUUUUCAAGCUGAUGCGCGACAAAAAUCAUCCGGCUUUCGAUAAAGUCAGACACACCGUUCGGGACCCAUCAGUCGAUUCCGGUUUGGCGAAAUUGUAAAGCAAACCAGGUACGAUCAAUUGUGCCUGCCGAAAUCGCGUUUAUUCCCUUGAUGUGGUUUGUCUGUAUCAUUAAAUGGUAAUUUCAA